CGCCCCUCGCACUUCCGUGUGCCUCGGCGCGGAUACGGGAGGUGGCGGCAGAGCGCCGGCUCCCGGAGCGACCCUCGGCGUCCCUCGGUCCGCGCCGAGACCCGGGCCGUCCCGCGCCGAGCCCGCUCCGACUCCGUCCAGGCGCGCCCGGGAGCCAGAGCCCGGCGCCAAGACCCCUGGCGCCAGCGCCCCUCAAGAGGUCUGCCUCUACUGGCCCAGGGAGGGCUGCCAGUCUGCUUCCCCUGGUGGUUCGUGUGUGGCAGCGGGAACCAGAACUAAGACAUUUGGGAGCUGGGAGCGCCAGACUCCAGGCAGGCAGGCGUGGGAGAUCCUUCCAGACUGCUGUGUUCGUCUCUGUGCUCGUGUGUGCAUUCCAGUGCGUGGUAUCCCGUGUGCACGUGGCUCCUGUGUGGCCAGGCCCCACCAUGGCUCCCUUCCUGCGCAUCUCCUUCAAUUCCUACGAGCUGGGCUCCCUGCAGGUGGAGGACGAGACGAACCAGCCCUUCUGUGCCGUGAAGAUGAAGGAGGCGCUCAGCACAGAGCGUGGGAAGACACUGGUGCAGAAGAAGCCGACCAUGUACCCAGAGUGGAAGUCGACGUUCGACGCUCACAUCUACGAGGGCCGGGUCAUCCAGAUUGUGCUGAUGCGGGCGGCCGAGGAGCCCAUGUCUGAGGUGACCGUGGGCGUAUCAGUGCUGGCCGAGCGCUGCAAGAAGAACAAUGGCAAGGCCGAGUUCUGGCUGGACCUGCAGCCCCAGGCCAAGGUGCUGAUGUCUGUGCAGUAUUUCCUGGAGGACGGGGAUUGUAAGCAGUCUUUGCGUACGGAGGAAGAAGGAAUGUUAUCAACGAUCAACCGCCGUGGGGCCAUCAAACAGGCCAAAAUCCACUACAUCAAGAACCACGAGUUCAUUGCCACCUUCUUUAGGCAGCCCACCUUCUGUUCUGUGUGCAAGGAGUUCGUGUGGGGUCUCAACAAGCAAGGCUACAAAUGCAGGCAAUGCAACGCCGCCAUCCACAAGAAAUGCAUUGACAAGAUCAUCGGCCGCUGCACCGGCACGGCGGCCAACAGCCGGGACACCAUAUUCCAGAAAGAACGCUUCAACAUCGACAUGCCGCACCGAUUCAAGGUUCACAACUACAUGAGCCCCACCUUCUGUGACCACUGCGGCAGCCUGCUCUGGGGGCUGGUGAAGCAGGGCAUGAAGUGUGAAGACUGUGGCAUGAACGUGCACCACAAGUGCCGGGAAAAGGUGGCCAACCUCUGCGGCAUCAACCAGAAGCUCUUGGCCGAGGCCUUGAACCAAGUCAGCCAGAAGUCGACGCGGAGGCAGGACUCGGUGUCCACAGAGCCUGUGGGGAUCUACCAGGGUUACGAGAAGAAAGGCGUCUCUGGGGACGAUGCCCCAGACAACAACGGGACUUACGGCAAGAUCUGGGAGGGCAGCAGCACGUGCCACAUCGACAACUUCACCUUCCACAAAGUCCUGGGCAAGGGCAGCUUCGGGAAGGUCAUGCUCGCAGAGCUGAAGGGCAAAGGGAAGUUCUUUGCCGUCAAGGUCCUCAAGAAGGACGUGGUUCUGGUGGACGAUGACGUGGAGUGCACCAUGGUGGAGAAGCGGGUGCUGGCGCUCGCCUCCGAGAACCCCUUCCUGGCUCAGCUUUUAUGCACCUUCCAGACCAAGGAACACCUGUUCUUCGUGAUGGAGUUCCUCAACGGGGGAGACUUGAUGUACCACAUCCAGGACAAAGGCCGCUUCGAGCUGUACCGGGCCACGUUUUACGCAGCGGAGAUCAUCUGUGGACUGCAGUUUCUACACAACAAAGGGAUCAUUUACAGAGACCUCAAGCUGGACAACGUGUUGCUGGACCGGGAUGGCCACAUCAAGAUCGCUGACUUCGGGAUGUGCAAGGAGAACAUGUUCGGGGAAAACCGGGCCAGCACCUUCUGCGGCACUCCUGACUACAUCGCCCCCGAGAUCCUGCAGGGCCUGAAGUACACGUUCUCUGUGGACUGGUGGUCCUUCGGGGUCCUCCUCUAUGAGAUGCUCAUUGGCCAGUCGCCCUUCCACGGGGACGACGAGGACGAACUCUUUGAGUCCAUCCGCGUGGACACGCCACAUUAUCCCCGCUGGAUCACCAAGGAGUCCAAGGACAUUCUGGAGAAGCUGUUUCAGAGGGACCCACCCAGGAGACUGGGCAUGACAGGAAACAUCAGAGCCCACCCCUUCUUCAAGACCAUCAACUGGAUCCUGCUGGAGAAGCGGAGGGUGGAGCCCCCCUUCACGCCCAAAGUGGUGAGUGACCCCCACCCUGCUCUGUGUGCCCGGCUGGGCUCUCCCUCCGUGGCCCUGCCCCCUCCUGUGUCCGGUCACGCACUAUCCUCCUCUCCCUGUUCUCCACUGGCAUCCUCAUUCAUAACCCAUCUUUCGCUGUUAGUCAUUCAACAAACAUCAGAAACUGCAUAUGGAUCCAGAGUCUCUCUCCCCCCACCCCAAAGCUUGCUUUAUUUACUUAUUUGAAAGGCAGACCUACAG